CGGCUUCCCGACUCUUCACCUACACGACUUCUCACUCAAUUGCGUGAAUCCUGAAUUUCAUUUGACUUUAUCACAUAAGCCGUCUUAUCUACCAUUGUCAGGUAACUUGACGGAGGCAACGUGGAAGGCUGAGAAAGGAGAUCGAAAACUGAAGAAAAUACGCAGGUGGAAAAAAAAAAAACAUGGCGUCACCAGACAAAUCCCCUUCCACGACAAUACCGCGGCUAUACCAACCACCUACGGCAGCCCUGCUUGUCUAUCCUAUUACUCUAAUUAUAGGAUCACUAUUUUCCGUUCUCUCCCCGACAGCACAGGGCACUCGAGAUCCUCCCUCCAACCAUCCAACUCCUCUAGCCCCUUCAAUCGCCGCCGAUGUGAACCUCCCCCAACACCCCGUCAAUUACUUCGCCCGCAAGGACAAUGUCUUUAAUGUAUAUUUUGUGAAGGUUGGCUGGCUUUGGGUUACUGCGGCUUUCGCUUCCCUUCUAUUUUCUCAACUCCCAUACACGACCUCUUCUAGUCAACAACCGCGGCGGAUCGGUCAAGCGCUCGCUCGUUAUUCUCUGGCUACCCUAGCUUGGUACCUGACUACACAAUGGUUUUUUGGUCCGGCAAUAAUCGAUCGCAGUUUUGUGAUUUCGGGUGGGAAGUGUGAGCAGGUCAUCCCGCAGGCUGAAGAGGGUUCUGCCUCACUCCACACACUGUUGACGGCUACAGCGUGCAAGUCCGCCGGUGGAGCAUGGAGAGGCGGCCAUGAUGUAAGUGGCCAUGUGUUCAUGCUAGUCCUUGCGACUGCGAUGCUUGCAUUUGAGACAAUUGGAGCAUGGAGGGGCGCUUCGGAUAUCGACCAGGGAAGCAAAAAGUCGGAGGACGCCGACCGCGAAUUGAGUGGGCCGAGGAAGUGGUCUGUAUGGUUUGUGGGCGCAGUUACGGGCCUGAGUUGGUGGAUGUUGUUGAUGACUGCUAUCUGGUUCCAUACGUGGUUUGAGAAGUUGACCGGCUUACUGAUCGCCCUAAGCACCGUUUAUGCCAUCUACAUUCUGCCUCGGCGGGUCAUCCCCUGGAGGGAUGUUGUGGGCAUUCCAGGCGUAUAGAGUGUUCAUUGUUUUCUUGACUUGACGUUGAUACGAUUUGCCACCGGGGACAUAUAUUGUCGAGUAUACACGGUAUCUGGCGCAAUGAUGCAUAUUGUAGAGUACUACACGCAGAAUAUACACAUGAAUAUUUUU